AUGGAGAUCACCGAGGAAGUCAUCCUGGAGCUUAGGUACCGCUUCGAAGAAUCUGCGAUCAAAUGCUCGGAACGGUGUCUAUAUCAAUCGUCAAAAUGGGCAGCAGAAAUGUUAGACUCCAUUUUGCCGUUACCAGUCAUGGCUGAAGAUUCGGAUCUUGAAUCACCUAUGGAUAUCUCAGACCCUCCACUGCCACCACCAAACCCGUACUUAGGUGCACAAGACCCCAUCGAAGCGGCCAUGGAAGCCCGAGAAUCUCACAAAUACCUCCUGGCCAAAUCGUAUUUCGACACCCGGGAGUAUGACCGCUGUGCGGCCGUAUUCCUACCUCCCACAACACCUCCAGUACCUUGUUCCGUCGUCUCAUCAAAUUUAAAAUCGAAACAACCCCCGACAUCAUUGAAGGGGAAAGAGAAGGCAUCUCCGUUUCAAGGCUCGAAGGGUCAACCACGGAGAAACCCAUACCCGAAAGUUAGUCAAAAAUCGUUAUUCCUAGCACUCUAUGCGAAAUUUUUGGCAGGAGAAAAGCGCAAGGAUGAAGAAACAGAGAUGGUGUUGGGCCCGGCGGAUGGUGGAAUGGCGGUAAAUCGAGAACUACCAGACCUCGCCCGCGGCUUGGAAGGGUGGCUCAUGGAGCGGAGCUCCAAUGGGCUUGACGACCAGGGACAAGGCUGGCUGGAAUACCUCUAUGCCAUCGUGUCAUUGAAAGGACGAAAUGAAGAACUGGCAACCAAGUGGCUCCUCAAGAGUGUGCAUUUGAACCCAUUUCAUUGGGGAGCAUGGCAAGAACUGGGUGACCUCUUGGCAAAUAACGAAGACUUAAAACAAAUCGUGGACCGCCUGCCGAAAAACCUCAUGACUCUAAUUUUCCACACAUACUCCAGCCAGGAACUUUAUCAAACCACGCCAGAGACAUACAGGGACCUCGGCCAACUUCAAACACUGUUCCCUACCAACGCAUUUCUCCAGACCCAAGAAGCGCUACUUUAUUAUCACGACAAAGACUUUGACAAAGCGGCGGAGAUGUUUCAUCGGAUCCUGGCUACAUCUCCACAUCGGCUGGACUCACUUGAUCACUACUCCAACAUACUAUACGUUAUGGGUGCACGGCCUCAGUUGGCUUUCGUCGCUCAGAUUGCGAUUGCCACCGACAAAUUCCGCCCUGAAACUUGUUGCGUGGUAGGCAACUACUAUUCCCUGAAAUCCGAACACGAAAAGGCAGUCAUGUACUUCCGACGUGCACUGACACUCGACCGUAACUUUCUGUCAGCAUGGACCCUCAUGGGUCACGAGUACAUUGAAAUGAAAAACACUCACACCGCCAUUGAGUCAUACCGCCGUGCUGUUGAUGUCAACCGGAAAGACUACCGCGCUUGGUACGGACUAGGUCAGGCGUAUGAAGUCCUUGAUAUGUCUUUCUAUGCCCUGUUCUACUAUCAGCGGGCAGCCGCACUUCAGCCAUACGACCCGAAGAUGUGGCAGGCGGUAGGAUCAUGUUAUGCGAAGAUGGGCCGUGUCGAACAGAGUAUCCAGGCUCUGAAACGUGCCCUUGUUGCUGGUGCCUAUUAUGCAGAAGGUGCUUCAGGCGGUGCAAGCCCAGGUCCCGGCGCGCGGAAGAUUCUCGAUACCGAAACAUUACACCAAAUAGCAACUCUUUACGAACGCCUUGGUGACGAAGAAGAAGCGUCCGCAUACAUGGAAUUGACUUUACAGCAAGAAUCCGGCGGUGCGCCAGUCAAUGAGGAAGCAAAUUCGGACGAGGAGGAAUAUUCUUCUGCUUCUGAGCAUGCUACCCACAGCGAUGAUAACGAGAAUUCCGGUGACGAUGGAGACGAUGCGCCUAGAAGACGUCGCCGGAAGUCCCGUCCACGAACUUCAUCAUUUGCCAUGCAGAAUGAUGACUCUACUGCCGGUGAAACAUGGCACCAUGGAAGUGGCCCUACCGCAACUACAUCUAGGGCACGUUUGUGGCUGGCGCAGCAUGCCUUACGGAAUGGUGAUCUAGAUCGUGCGGAUCUCUUGGCAGGAGAACUAUGCCAAGAUGGGUUCGAAGUGGAAGAAGCGCGAGCGCUUAUGAGUGAUGUUCGGGCCAGACGGGAGGAUGAUGGCUAG